UAUAUUUUGUUUUCUUUUGAGUUUGUUGUAAAGGUUGGGAAGCUCUGAUUCACAGAUUCAUCUAAAUUUAACAAAUUAUACUGUGUACAGGGAAGAUAUAACAAUGACUGUGGUUGAAUUUUUCGGUUGUUCCUUCUUGGCUUUUGGGCCACCUCUUGCAAUGUUCUCGCUAACUAUUGCUCAUGAUCCAAUCCGCAUAAUAAUCCUCAUAGCAGCAGCCUUCUUUUGGUUGGUCUCACUACUGCUAUCUUCCACUAUAUGGUUCGCUGUUUACCCGUUACGGGAUGUAUUGGCAUUUGGGCUGAUAUGUUCAGUAUUCAUACAGGAAGGAUUUCGAUAUCUUAUGUACAAGCUUCUACGAAAGACGGAACGAGGUUUGCAGGAGGUGACUGAAAUUGCACGGAUAUCUGAUUACAAGCACAUUCUCUCGUACGUUUCCGGCCUAGGCUUCGGGAUUAUCAGUGGAGCGUUUUCAUUGGUUAAUAUACUCGCUGAUUCAGUGGGACCCGCCACCGUGGGUCUAAAAACAGGUUCAAACAUUUUCAUCGUCAUUAGUGCGGCCCAAUCUCUCUGUAUGAUAUUACUACAUACCUUCUGGAGUGUAAUCUUUUUUAGUGCAUGUGAUUUGAAGAAUUACUACCACAUCGCAUACGUAAUCGUAAGUCACUUGUUUGUUUCCUGUAUUACACUGCUGAACAAACAGGAACUAUUCUCCGUUUCACUGACGAGCUCUUACAUUGUAAUGGCAAUUACCUGUGUCAUUGCUUUUCGAGUGGUUGGGGGUAAUUUCGCUUCAUUUAAAAAAUUUAUCACGUGUAAGUGAAUUCUAUUAGCUAGUGACAUUAUCUAAACUAAACUAUUUUAAUAACCUACUAUUUAUGAGCAUGAAAAGUUGAUUUUGCUUCAAUUAAAGCUUCGAAUAUCUCAGAA